ACCGCAGUGGCUGAGCUGCUGACAGGAGGCGGCGGCGGAGGAGGAGGCGAGGCAAGACCUGCGGCUCGGCCUAGCCACAGCCGCUACAGCGCUAGGCAACCCUUCCGAGCCACGCCGUCCUCAGCCCGCCCGCGAAUCUCUCAUCCUUGAGUCCUCCCUAUCCGCCGGGCCGCCUGUUCGCCCGACUCCUCGCGGGCGGCCUAGUCUGCACCACCCGCCGGGCUCCUGGGGCCGCCGCCCCGCGCGGUCAAGUCGGCGUCCCCGGCCGCGCCCGGCCCCUGGUCUGCAUCACCGCCGGCACCAUGAUGGAGGAGAUCGACCGGUUCCAGGUGCCCACCGCGCACUCGGAGAUGCAGCCGCUGGACCCAACUGCAGCUUCCAUCUCAGACGGAGACUGUGACGCCCGGGAGGGUGAGUCAGUAGCCAUGAAUUACAAACCAUCCCCGCUCCAAGUGAAGCUGGAAAAGCAGCGAGAGCUGGCUCGGAAGGGCUCCUUGAAGAAUGGCAGCAUGGGUAGUCCUAUCAACCAGCAGCCUAAGAAGAACAACGUCAUGGCCCGGACCAGGCUCGUCGUCCCCAAUAAAGGCUACUCCUCGCUUGACCAGAGCCCAGAUGAGAAGCCACUGGUAGCACUUGACACGGACAGCGAUGACGACUUUGACAUGUCCAGAUAUUCUUCCUCUGGUUACUCCUCUGCUGAGCAGAUCAACCAAGAUUUGAACAUCCAACUGCUGAAGGACGGCUACCGGUUAGAUGAGAUCCCCGACGACGAGGACCUGGACCUCAUACCGCCCAAGUCCGUGAACCCUACCUGCAUGUGCUGCCAGGCCACGUCCUCCACCGCCUGCCACAUCCAGUAGCGUGUGGCGCCGCGGGGGCCGUGGGGGUGGUGCCGGGUGGGGUGGGCCGGGCGGGCAGGGCCGACCCCUCCCCAGCUCCGCCGCUCGCCCCGGCCCAGAGCCCCCUACAGCCGCAACCUCGUAACAGUCAUUGCUUCCUCCUAUGGUAGGACCUGUACCUCUGUGUGU